UCGACGACUUAACUUUUUUUCCCCAUCUCUCUCGCUUUUUAUUUUUUCUUUCCGAAAUCGGAGAGUCCUCUGGAGUUUGUACAGCCUGACCUCUCCAAAAUUACUAAAAAAAGAAAAAAAAACCCUAAGUAUUUCCCUCCAUUUUUCUCUGAUGAAACCCUAAUUAUUAAAAUUUCAACCAUCUACAUCUCUCCUCGAUCUCUCUUCGUUUUCGCUGCGAAGUGCAGUGAUUCACCUGCUCUAGUGCUCUUUCUAUUUCCGUGCAGAUCGUUCAAAGUUUCAACGCUUCGGUUCCUAAUUCGGGCGUGUCGUCUUUCUAGAAGUAGAUUCGAGUGGUCAGAGACUUGGAAUUCGAGCUUCGGAUCUCCCGUUUAUAUUGUGGUGUUGCAUUCAAUGCACCCGCUAGGGUUUUGAAUGCUUCUAUCAGGAGGGCUCUGUUGAAAAAGAUGAGCUUUUGUAGACAUUCUCGUGAAGGGUAGCGGGUUUUGAAGUAGCUGAUGGGGAUUGGAAAUUCUCGGGACUUGUAGGUGUUUGGUUUGCAUUGAAGCUUCAGGAGUCUGUUCAAUAUGUAUCAUGCGAAGAAAUUUUCAACUAUGACGUUAGUGCCUCAUAAGCCCCAGCCCCAGGGUGCUGAUCAAUUGCCAAAUGUUGGAGUGCUGGGGGGAUCAACAAUAAAUAACUCAGCUACUUCUGGAGGAACUGGGAAGCAGCGGUUGCGGUGGACUUCAGAUCUUCAUGACCGCUUUGUAGACGCAAUUACACAACUCGGUGGACCAGACAGGGCAACACCGAAAGGUGUUCUAAGGGUGAUGGGUGUACCUGGACUUACUAUUUAUCAUGUGAAAAGUCAUUUACAGAAAUAUCGUCUUGCUAAGUACCUUCCAGAGUCACCAGCUGAUGGUUCCAAAGAUGAGAAGAAAGAUUCUGGUGAUAGCCUAUCCAGCAUGGAUUCUGCCCCGGGGGUGCAAAUCAAUGAAGCAUUGAGGAUGCAGAUGGAAGUGCAGAAACGUCUCCAUGAACAGCUUGAGGUGCAAAGGCAGUUACAACUGAGAAUUGAAGCUCAGGGGAGGUACUUGCAGAAGAUAAUCGAAGAACAGCAAAAGCUAGGUGGAGCACUCAAAGCCUCAGAGCCACUGCCAUUGGCUGACGAAAAGCAAAAGCAGUCUACUUCCGUAACUGCUGCUGCAGUGGAGGGACCCAUGUCCCCACUGAAGAAGCAGAGGGUGGACGAUGGGUCAUCAGAUCCUGCCUCUUCUGUAUUGGUUCCACCUCCACCCAGUACGGAGAAGAAAUCUGACUUCAUUGGUCAAUGGGAUGGAGACUUGUACGGGGGGAAUGGUGUUGGCUUUGAAUUUGACGUGGUGAACGAGUUCAAAGAGAAGGAAGACGGUGGGGCUGAGCAGAGAGCAACAUCGAAGGUGGGAACCGGGUAUGGUACAGGAGGCAGCAUAUCUUAGAGCUAGAGGGCUGGGGGGAGGGGAGGGUGGCCGAGCCUGAGAAUAUUAAGGCUCAUGCUGACCUUCCACCGGCUAUGCUAUUAACAACCAUGCUUGUGUAAUUUAUAUUGUAAUCUAUUUGUAAGUAUAUUUGAGGGAAUACAAAAUACCCAGGCCAGAUAGAGAUGGGCAUUUCUCUUUAUAUGAUAGAUUCCUGUUUCCUUGGUAUAGCGUAGAAUCUUUUGGUGGAGCCGCUGUGUUUUUGUGUGGCAUGAUUAUACUCUUCCAUCAUCGUGCUUAGAUCUAAAAUUUUCUUAACUCACUUUCCCAUGAGCAUUUAUUUGGGAAGGAGCUUCAUUUCCA